GUGUUAGUUGCCUUAUGAAGCUCGCGUCGCUGGUAUUGCCGCUGCUGCGUUCGAAUUCCUCUUAUUUUUCAACGCGUUAAAUGCCCUGUUCGAUAGUUCUCACCAAUGCUAAUUAGAAUCCACCGUGUGAUGCCUCGGAAACACAGUGGAAUGUGAACAUUCGGAAGGAUGAAAAUGAAAAAAUAUCGAAGGGUACGCGAGUGAAAUUCGCGCCGGUCAUCGAAAGGAUAUCGAUUCCUGGCAAAUUACCACGGCACAUUUAUGUUUUCUCCUCGUCCAGCUCGGAAAAUCUCGUCUCGGCAACCAUGCUCGCAGCGAACGAAUAAGCUCGGCAACGAAGUCUAGGAUUUUCAUACGGAUGACGACCUGGAUAUGAAUUUGAAAUCCAAAUGGCUCUUCUUUGGAAUACUAAAUACCAUCCUCCUUGAAUAUGUGAGAGGUUCAGGCGCCAGGAAAUCAACAAUGGUAGAAGCAGAAGAGUUCGGUGCUUUGGAAAUUAAUUCGCCAUCUUCGCACCUUGCCUUUUCGGGAGAUCUUACGGUGUUUAUUGUAAAGAAUGAAAUGUUAGAAGACGCAGAGGAUAGUGAGAAGUUAGAGAGUGUUUCUAACGAAUCGCCUGUGUUACGAAUACUGUACCUCUUUGACGACAUAUCAGAAUUGGUUGGAGAGAUUCAAUUAGAAAAGUUGCCUUCAGAAAACGAAACCAUCUCAAUUGCGAUACCCUGCGGGUACUUUACACGCGGCGGUAUCUACGCUCUGCGAUUAGAGUACAAAUACAAAAAUUCAACAGUGCCUGUUACCUCCUUUUAUCAGACGACGAAAAACGUGGACGUGAAGUGGCCGACGCCGAACAUUUUUUUAGAUUCCCACGAGAUCGAAACUUAUCCAAACAAACGUGUCACGACCACUGUGAGAUACAACGACGCGAGUUGUAGCCCGUCGGAGAAUGUUCCUGUAGCUGUCUACGUUUUACAAUUAAUUUAUUGCGGCGCCAGCGUGGCCGCUUGUUAUUUGCAUAACAAUACCCAUACGCAAGUUUUAUACUACGAAGAAGUGCGGGGAUUUGUUCCAGAAAAGACUGUUUUUUUUCGAUGCGAAUUCUUCGGACUGCCCGGAAACUACGCGGUUCAAUUGAAGGCUUCGAGCGCGAACCCUACUGCGCCGAAUACUAGCUUGUAUUUCAAGGUGAACUGGUCGGAGGAAUUCAAGUUGACCGUCCACGCAAGAUCGAUAUAUCCUUGCGAAGGGCCCGGCGGUGUCGCCGUUCUAUUCGAGUAUCCUUCCUGCCGGCUCGAAGGCGAUCGCGUUCGCGUUUAUGGCCGGCUGAAGGCUGACGUCACUUCCGUUGCUUCACCUUCGAGUCUUCACUACAUCACGGAAUCCAGAUCGAUCCCCGGCAAGCACUCGUUGACCUUCGACUGCGACCUCUUCACGGAGAAAUACGUCGAGUACUGCUUCAUAUACGUCAGCCAGGCGAUAACUGGCGCCAUGAUGGACGUGAAGAUGUCUUGCAUACCAACCUUUCCCUUCCAAGAAGGUGACGCAGCCGGAUGGGGACCGUGGAGUCCUUGGAGUCCUUGCAGCAGCUCGUGCUUCGGCGGGAUCAGAAAUCGCUAUCGUUUUUGCGACACGCCGCCACCAAAGUACGGAGCCAAAUUCUGUCAGGGAAAAGCAGUGGAGACCAAGCUCUGCGGCAGAAUAUUUUCGGAGGUGCUUAACAAAAGCGAGUGGUACAACAAUCGGCUGGACAGCUCCGACUGUCAUGGCGCGGUUCUGGCGGCGACGAAACCGGAAAUCGCUGCAGAGAUCGGGUCCCAAUGUCGCUGCGGCUGUCGAAUUCGAUUGGAAGAGAAACUUUCUAGGAAAAUUCUCGGAGCGAAUACUCAGUCGUGUCCCGGCCGCUCGUUUUGGCUUUUGCAGGCGAACGACAACUUCGUGAUCGGACUGCACUUAGAUCAAUUACAGUUCCCUUGUCCGGGACAAUACUUUCGCGUUCGCGACGGUAACUCGUUGAACGCGGAUCUGCUGACCGACGUCGCCUCGGACAAGAUCCAAUUAACAUCGAAAACGUUAAUUAGCACCGGGGAAAAUUUGUUGCUGGAAUUCUUCAGCGACGAGCUCACUGCUUCCGGUGACGCUUGCAUCGGCGGUUUUCUUGCUCACGCGGCCAUUCUAGAGAAAAAAUUUUUGAAAAGGAAUGGAAGCAUAACCGUUGUGCCUUUAGAAACAGACUCAGCGAACGUGGUGAACGAGUGGUUCUUCUGGAAGCCAGCACACCUGGUCACCGCUUUGCUUUUGAUACUGAUGUUCAUCGUGUCGAUAUUCCUGACGCUGCAGUUUGUUAUCAAGUACAGAAAGUACCGUGUCGCCGAGGACAUGGACUCCUUCAGCGACGUUUCCGAAUUAAUGCCAGGGAACUCGAAGUACCUGUCUACGAGCACCAUCAUAUCAGAUGUGAUAUCAAUGAUAGAGGCCACUGUGAAGGACUCGCCAAAGGACACUUCAUGCGAGCCAGAGGAACAUUAUAAUAGCACUGAAACACUAACUGGAUACCAAGACGGCUCCACGUUAAGCUCCAGCACGUUAAAGUUGAACAACACCCUGGAGAGCUCAUCGGACAAGACAAUAACAUCGAUCCAAUCGAACUGUGAUAAAUUGUUAUCAGCAUCCAGCAUCAUGGUCCUGAAGAAACCGGAAGUGAAAUACGCUUACCCUGUAAAAUUGCGAACGAUCGACCUGGACAAUUCAGAGGCAAAGCCAUUGAACCCGGAAGCGGAGAAACCGCCAAACUUGAACACCAGUCAGAGCAACGAAACCAGCUCUUCCGAGGAGAAGUACCAGUCGCAAUCCUCUCCGGAAAGUCUGCUCUCGAGCCCGUCGACGUUGGGAAGCGGAAAGGAGACGAAGGAGAGAAGAAAUCGCGAGAAACUUCUGCAAGGGCCCGGAUCCGAGUUCAGUUUGGCGAAUCCAGAUUCAGAGAUGGAGCUCGAUUACUAUGAUUACAAUGUGGCGAAUGCCAGCGCUGUUCCCGGCUCCUAUCUGGGCAUGGACCCAGCCUUUCUCGUGUGGAUCCCGCCGAUCGACAAGCUGGACACGGAUGAAAUCUAUUUAGGGAGCAAAAGAAAUUCUAUAUUAACGAUGGACACUGAAGGCGCGGCGUUGACUCCGUUCGAAUACAGAAGAAUGAAGCUGUCGAACUUCGACGAAUUCGGAAUUGAAUUUCAACAGGGCGACCGGUAUAUACAGACAGGGGAAAAUUACUGCAACAAUUUUAAUUACGUAAACCUAAAUCGGGACGAAACCUCCGACAAUUCGAAAGCAAGAACGUACGAAAAGUUACUUCCUGUUCGAAAGAUUCUGCAAGACUCUAAUAUUAAAGUGAGCAUGGAGUCUGUGCCCGGUGUUCUUGACCAUAAACCGUAUUGCGUUAUUCCAAACAGGAGGUUAUGCUCAGACAAAGGCGACGAGGUCGCCGAAGAGUCCUCGAAGAACCAUCCGAGUCCUAACGAGUCGAUCAAGAACCAGAAGCUCUCCACGCCGAAGAAGACUUUCCAGACUAAGAUCUUAGGGGAUGCUGAUGAUGACGUGACGUCACGCAAGUACAAGGAAUUGAUGGAUUGCACGCAGCCGUUGGUGCACAGAAAGGAUACCGUCAACAUCCCAAUGACAGAGCUGUCCGGGAGCCCUUUGACCAACUUCGCGCAGGUCCGGAAGCUCAAGGACGACGCGACCUUGAACAUCGAGAGCAAGCAUUACGGCAUCGAAUCGUUCUGCAUAAAGCAGGGCUCGUUUUGCGACCAGAACAUUAGGUUCGUCGAUGACGACGAGGACGAGUACAUCGGCUAAACGAAGAAUUACGAGAUAUUUGCUUUCUUCUUUGCAAAAAUUGCAGGCAUUGUUUCACAAGCGGUCCUUUUUUCCAGAUUAAUUAGGUUUGCAAGCGCAUGGUACGCAUGGUCUCGCAGUGCUGCUCUGGAAAAUGUGGAAUUAAUGAUAGAACAGAGAGAUUUUUUAUAUACAUAUAGGAGAUAUUUAAAUCUAAGCACGGAAUUGAUUGCAAUAAAACUAGACUUACAAUUAGAUUUCGAUAGUGCUAUUUUAAAAAAUGCCCUCGCGAGAUUGCUAUAUAACGAUUUCAAGUUGAAUUGUACAUAGAUGGAAAUCAUUAUAUAAUUAGCAACAAAAAAAAAAUAGUACAAAUCACACGCGGUACGGUACAAUUACUCUUGAAAUUCCAUUGUUUAUUCGUACAUGAUAUAUGUAUAACAAUCUCACGGUGUCAGUCAAUAUUAGAAAGAAUAAUGAAAUUCUAUUCUGUACACGAUUUAUCUGCUGACUAAAUUUUGCACACAAUGAACAACGUGAAUUUUUAUAAUAUAAAAAUAUAAACGUCAGACAUUAUAGAUGAUAUUUAUAUGAAAUGAUGGAACUAUUAACAUUUCAAGAAAAAAAAUCUACAUUUUUAUAGCGACUCAUUUUGUGAGAAUUUUUAAGAAACGAUUUAAAUUUUUAAGAAGAAA